AGGUUCUUAUGCAUGUCAAAAAAGUUUCUAGUUUGUUAAAUUUUAUUCAUCUCUGAUCCUGUUCAGAAUCUUGUCUUUUGCAAUAUAUGUAUGUGGAAAGAAUUCAAUCAUUGCUUCCCAUGAUGUAUAAUGUCCCAAGUAAAAUUAUUUUAAUUCAAAUGAUGUUUUUCAUUUCCAGGUAGUGGUAUAUCAUUCCAAGACUACGGUAUGCUGUCCAGUCUGCUCCAGGGUCGUAAGCAUUUUAACUGUAACAUAUGCGAUAAAUCCUACACAGAUUCAAGCUCAUUGAAUCGCCACAAGCGUCGCGUUCAUGCAACCAGCCCACGGGCACGUGAAAGGUACCAGUGUGAGCUGUGUUUGAAAUAUCUGGCUAAUAAAACCAUACUGGCGAUACAUCAAAGGAUCCACACUGGUGAAAAGUAUAAAUGUGGGAUGUGUAGUAAGGAGUACAGUGACCCUGGAUCACUUAGGAGACACAAAAGACAGGCUAAACACAAUAUAGUUGUUAAAAAUGAAGAACAGUUUUAAAAUAUGAAUAUAUUUGAGAAAUUCAUAAUAGGAAUAUUGUAGAAUUUAUAAUUUAUUGAAUAAGACAUUUUGAUGAUACAGAUUGCUGUAGUCCUGUGUUACAAUUGUAAUAUUUUGUCUUUUCUGUUCAAGUUUUUGAAGACAUGUAUAUAUUUAUUUAAAAAAGGAUACUUAUGUCAUAUAACUUUUUAACUAAAGUAGGACUGCAAAAUAUUUGCAUUCAUGAAAACUGUAUAUAUGUGUAUUUAAAUAUUAAAUAUUCUGGAAUAAAAC